AUGAAAAUUAAAAUUUUUUCAUUAAUAUUAUUAGUUUCAAUUUUAAUUAAUAUUAGUAAAUCAGAAAUUUGUGAUAUUAUAACACCAAUAUAUUAUUUUGAUGAUACAAAUUGCGAUCCAGAUUAUUAUUCAGUAGUUAAUCCAACAGUGUACAUUCAAAAUAUUAAAGAUUAUGAUUAUGUUCUUGUUAGUCCUGAACCAAUUUCAAGAUCUUACAAUGCACCAGACAACUAUAUUGUUGUAUUAGAUUUUGGUAAAAGUUAUAAUUUUCAAUUUGUUAAAGAUGAAUGUGUAGAAGAUGAACCAAUAAUAACAAGUAAUGGACCAAGAUUUAUAAUUACAGACCCACCAUGUAUUGGAUCCUUAAGUACAAUAGAUUUCAUUCCAGAUCCAAAAAAGAACGGCAUAAACUAUACCUUCGCAAUGGACAGUGACCCAAUAACGCUUCCAAUUCAACUCGAUUCUCCAAAUCAAUAUAUAAUUGAAGUGUUUUUCGAUGGUGUUUCAAAAUGUAAAGAACCAAUAACAUUGAAAGGUUCAAAUAAUCCUGGAGUACAACCUAAAAUUAAAACAACAAAUCCAGUUUGUGGUCAAUUAAAUGGUGUUAUUGAAAUUGAAAAUUAUAAUAAUUUUACAAGUAUUGUUAUUGGGUCAUCAGCUCCAAUUCAACCAACUAAUGCAGGUUUUUACAGUGAAUUGAGUGGUGGUGAAUAUACAAUUACAACCAUCGAUAAUGAAUGUGGAGAAAGAAGUAUUUCAGUGGAACUGAAUCAAGUAGCACCAUCAUAUCAUGUAGAAUUUGUUGAUUUCUCUUGUCCAACUUCACCAAAGAUGCAAUUAGUAAUCAAUACCACUCAAAGCUAUCAAAUUUUUAAAGGAGAUGAACCUAUAUCGAACCCAUUUACAGCAGAUUAUUACGAUUCAUUUUCAGUAGAAUUGGAAUGUGGAGUUAGUUUUGACCUUAUUAUAAAUUUUCCAGAUUCAUUUCCCCUACUUCAAUACACCUAUGAAGAAAGUGAUUAUUGUCAACCAUAUACCAUUAAUAUAAUUGGAUACAACUCAACACUUUUUCCAUCACUUUCAGUUAGUCAAGAAGAUUCAACUAUCGGAUUAGAUGCCAAUAAUUCAUUUGAAGCAACAACUGGUAAAAUUUAUAUCUUGCAAGAUAAUUGUUAUAGUUCAGUAUUGAAAUUUGGUAGAACCUAUCCAAAACCAAUAUAUAAAUAUCUUAAUAACUCUGAUUUUUGUGUUGAUACUGUUGAUAUUCAAAUUUAUAACGCUCAAGAUUUCUAUUACAUUUCAUUGGCUCCAUUCCAAGGUGAAGGAUCAAUAAGUUCAAAAAGAUAUUCAAUAAAAGAUGGUAUUUUUAGAAAUGUUACAAAUCAAAGACUAUACUUGGAGUACAGUUAUAGAGGUUGCUCAGAUAUCUAUGGUUUUGAAAUUGGUAAUAGUAAUAGAAUGGAUAAUGAUAAUUUAGAUGUUGAAUACAACAUUACAAGAUAUCCAACAUGUUAUUAUCUCUUUGGUGAAGCAGAUGUUAAAUUCUAUAAAAAGAAUACCACUGAAUUGGUAGCUUCAUUUACUCAAAGUUUUUUCUAUUAUGGUGAAGGUGCUACUUUUGGUUUCUACAGAGAUUUCGAAUAUAAUUGUGAUGGUUCAGUAAAUGGUCUCAAUCUUGGUGAUUUUAAAUUGGAACAAGCUCAUGUUAAUGUUACAACAGAAACUCAACCAAUAUGUAAAUAUUCUCAAAAUGAAACUACUAUACGUAUCGAUUCAAAUACUGAAAUUGCAACUUUUAAAAUCAAUGGUGCCAAUGUUUACCCAUACAAUACCAAUGGCAAUACUUAUUAUUUUGAAUGUAACUCUGGUAAUAUCACCAUUGAACUAACAUUCUCAAGACAAACAGAAUGCAAACAAAUGACAAUUUAUCAUUUGGUUGAACCAAAACAAGAUUUCCACCUUUCAUAUCAAACAAACAGCGUUACAGAUUGUACAAUAAUGGAUGGUUCUAUGUUUAUUGAUGGUUGGGAUAAUUUCACCUCUUUACUCAUUGAUGGAUCUCCAUAUGUCCCAGGUCCAGAUUUUUGGCUUGUUGAUUUACAGAGUAAAGCUUAUUUAAUUAAUUUUGUAAAAACCUUUAGUGAUGGAUCAACAUGUACUGGCUUUGAAUAUAUUUUCGUACCAAGUUUACCUGCUGAUAUAUCCUAUACAAUCAUUAAUCAACCACUAUGUAGUAAUGAUCAAACUGGUACAGUUUCAUUUGAAUAUGCUUCCAACUUCCCAAAUCAACCAAAUAGAAUGCCAAUUCAAUAUGUUUCUCGAGGUGGAAUUCAAAUCAAAGGUACAAUUGCAGAAAAUUAUUACCCUGGAACUUAUUUAUUCAAUGUUUCAUAUGGUACUUGCUCUUGGGGUGUACCGGUUACAUUUAAUGAAAUACCAAUCGAUAUAACCUAUAAACAAGUUUGGAAUUAUCUUGAUGAAUCUUGUCAAAUUCAAGUUGGUUAUCAAUUCAGUGCAAAUAAUUCAAUAGCAUCAGGAAAUAUAGCCCCAUAUUCCGAUGGUUUUACUUCUGUUGGUGGAUUAUUGUUUGGACAAGUAACAAAUUCUUAUUUUAAUGUCGAAGUUUAUUAUGCCCCCUAUCAAGCUUGUAAAAAGACAUUUGAAAUUUCAUCUUAUGAUUCUUAUGACCUUUUAUAUCCACAAGUUUAUUAUAGCAUCGUUAGGAAACCAGAUUGUAUGUCAUCUGAUCAUACAUAUGAUAUUAAAAUUACAAAUCCAUCAAAAUGGGCAAGUGUAUCAGUUGGUGGUAUGUCAAUGGAUUCAAAUGGUAUUAUUAAAAAUGUUGUACCCUAUAUGAAAAUGGAAGGAACAACUCUUGGUACCAAUUGUAAAUAUUCUAGUUUAUAUCGUGAUGAAGAGUACAAUGAAAUUGCGAUUGAAAGUAUUAUUACCGAUGAGACUUGUCAUGGUAGUAAAAAUGGUCAAAUUCAAUUCCCAGAUGAUCAAUAUGAUUAUUAUGCAUUCAGUAUGGUUGAUGAUGAAAGAGUUUUGCUACCAUUGGCAAACCCACAAGAUAAAUAUACAUUUAAACAAAUAACAAGUGAAAGCGUUGACAUUGGUAGAGUGGGUAAAAAUAUAUUAAAAUCAACUUGUAUGCCAUUUGCCAAUGCAACAAUUCAAGGUAGUGAACCAACAUUAAUUGAAAAUAUUAAUGAUCAAUGUACAGCAGAUGGUUUAGGUUCAAUCAAUUAUGAAACUUCAAUUCUAGGUUUAAAUCUCUUAGGUUACAUUUAUUUAAAUGAUUCUAGUGAACAACAAUUUAAUGGUACAUUAAAUGGUAUAAUACCAGGUUCAUAUAGAGUUGCAAAUUUAAGAGUUACAAAUGAUUAUUGCAAAAGAAGUUUCAAUUUAUUAGAAGUAAACGUGGGUUCCUCAAUAUUCUCUAUUAAUAUUAAUUCAUCAAUUUGUGAAUCAGUUAUUAUUACACCAUUAUCUAUUUCUUCAAGUUAUCCAAAUGCUACCUAUCAAUAUAAUAUUACAUCACCCACAAAUAAUUUGCAGCAAUACAUUCAACCCGAUUUAUUAAAAUUAGAUUCAUUUGAAGAAUUUGGUUUAUAUACAGUUGCAGUUUCAGAUAGUCAUUGUAUUCAAACUCAAGUUUUCAAUAUUACCAAAUGCCUAAAACUAAUUGAUGGUAGUAGUGAUGAUGAUGGUGGUGUUAACCUAGGUUUAGCAAUUGGUUUACCAAUUGGUUUAGUAGGUUUAGGUGCAAUUAUUGCUGCUAGUAUUUUCCUUUAUAGGAAACGUCAAAGUCCAAUUAAAGCAAACCAAUUACCAGCACUUUCACAUGAAAUGGAAACAGUUUCAACUUUCCAAGGUGGUCGUGUUGUUGAAAUAGAUAAAUUUUAA